UUAUGCGCAUGUGUUUGCCGAAAGUCAAUCGGCAAAAUGGCGACCUCCAAGUUAGGGAGGUCUUCGGCGUUGGAGUUAGUCAAGGAUUCUUCAGCCAUGAAAAGUGAAAAUAGGGCCGAAAACAGAAGGAGUGUAACAAAUGCAAAUGCAGUUUUAGGAUUAUUAACAUUUGUUAUUCUUUUACUGGCCUGUUUAGCGGGGUUCAGCUCAAGACUAUUUGCUGUGAUUCGAUUCGAAAGCAUAAUUCACGAGUUCGACCCGUGGUUUAACUAUCGAGCUACACGUCACAUGGUUAACAAUGGUUUCUAUAAUUUCCUUAACUGGUUUGAUGAGAGGGCAUGGUAUCCACUUGGUAGAAUUGUUGGGGGAACGGUUUAUCCAGGUUUGAUGAUAACAUCCGGGACCAUCCAUUGGUUUCUUCAUGCCCUCAACAUCCCAGUUCAUAUACGGGAUAUUUGUGUUUUCCUUGCACCUCUGUUCAGUGGUCUCACUGCUUUAGCAACAUAUGGAUUGACCUCUGAACUUUGGAGCUCUAGAGCCGGUUUAUUGGCAGCAUGCUGUAUUGCUAUAGUUCCUGGUUACAUUUCCCGGUCUGUGGCAGGUUCCUAUGAUAAUGAAGGAAUUGCUAUCUUUGCAUUGAUUUUCACUUACUAUCUUUGGGUGAAAGCUGUAAAGAAUGGAUCUAUAUCAUGGGCAGCAUUAACAGCACUUUCAUACUUUUACAUGGUUUCAGCAUGGGGUGGCUAUGUUUUCAUCAUUAACCUUAUUCCACUGCAUACAUUUGUUCUAAAAGAAUUAAUUAAUUUUACAUUGUAUCUUUCAGCUUAUAGUACAUUCUAUAUAUUAGGGACGUUAUUGGCAAUGCAAGUGCCUUUUGUAGGUUUCCAGCCAGUUCGUACAAGUGAACAUAUGGCAGCUGCAGGAACGUUUGUCCUACUGCAAGCCUAUGCAUUUUUUAAAUACAUUCAGACAACGUUGACUAAGCAGGAGUUUACAUCAUUGUUCUUCUUCUCCGUACUGGCAGCGGCAGGUGCAGUCUUUGUUAGUGUUGUUGCUCUUACAUACAGUGGUUAUGUUGCUCCAUGGAGCGGUAGAUUUUAUUCACUCUAUGACACUGGAUAUGCCAAGAUUCACAUACCGAUUAUUGCCUCCGUAUCGGAACAUCAGCCUACAACCUGGGUGUCGUUUUUCUUUGACCUUCAUAUUCUUGUUUGCACGUUUCCUGCUGGGCUUUGGUUUACCAUCAAGGAAAUCAAUGAUGAAAGAGUGUUUAUUGUGCUGUAUGCUAUAAGUGCGGUAUAUUUUGCUGGUGUUAUGGUUCGACUGAUGUUGACGUUAACCCCUGUGGUUUGUAUACUGUCUUCAAUUGCAAUUUCCAAGCUACUAAGUGAAUACUUACUAGAUGAAACACCCGAUAGGAAAAGGUCAGUGAGUGAAAGUGAAGAUGAUGAGGAGGAAAUAAAAAGAAGAGAAAAGCUCUACGAUAAGGCUGGCAGUAACAAGAAGCCAUCAAAUAAAACGAAGAAGAAGGAAGAGGAGGAGGAGAGCGUGAGCAGCAAUCUGAAAGGCUUUGUGGUGUUAGCAAUCAUUAUGAUGUUAAUGAUGUUUGCUGUACAUUGUACCUGGGUGACCAGCAAUGCAUACUCCAGUCCAAGUAUUGUGCUAGCAUCAUAUAACAACGAUGGAUCACGAAACAUCCUUGAUGAUUUCCGCGAAGCCUACUACUGGCUUCGUCAAAACACAGAUGAUAACGCACGCAUCAUGUCUUGGUGGGAUUACGGUUAUCAAAUUGCCGGCAUGGGCAACAAGACAACACUCGUCGAUAAUAACACUUGGAAUAAUAGUCAUAUUGCACUUGUGGGUAAAGCAAUGUCAUCCACAGAAUCCGACGCUUACACGAUAAUGCGCUCACUAGAUGUGAACUACGUACUAGUAAUAUUCGGCGGUGUUAUUGGCUACUCGGGAGACGACAUCAACAAAUUCCUGUGGAUGGUUCGUAUCGCCGAGGGUGAACAUCCAAAAGACAUUAAGGAAUCUAACUACUUCACACCACAAGGAGAAUUUCGUGUAGAUAAAGCUGGCUCUCCUACUCUGCUCAAUUGCCUAAUGUACAAGUUAUGUUACUAUAGAUUCGGGGACUUACAGCUUGACUUCCGGACGCCAGCAGGUUACGAUAGAACACGUAACGUAGAAAUAGGAAACAAAGAUAUAAGUUUGCAUCAUCUUGAAGAAGCAUUUACUUCAGAACAUUGGUUGGUACGCAUUUAUCGAGUGCUUGACCUAGAUAACCGUAUAAGCGCCAAACCAUCCAAGAAAUCAACAAAAUUAAAGACUAGUACUGCUACUAAAAAGAAUUCAAAAAAGAAGAAAGGACAUAUAAAGAAUAAACCUGUUGUCAAAAGAGGCAAACGAAUGCGAUCAAAGAAGAAGCCAACUAAGAAAUGAGAAUUUGUAAUCAGUAAUGAAUCAAUCUAAGUAAUUGCCUAAUUAGUAUUUUGUUCAGUAUCAUUCUUAUCAAUUUUUGGGUUUCAUUAUUGUCUCUAAUAUAGCUUUGUUUUGUUUUUAACUUUUACAAAAAUUUUGAAAUCAAAACCUAAAAAAUAAUUAUAAAAAAAAAAAAUUUUCUUGUUAGCAGUGUCAAAUAAUUUUUAUUUCUAAAUAGAUUUCUAGAUGUAUAAUCAAUAUUAGUACUCAGAUCAAAUAUUUUAAAAAAUUCAUUGCAAUGUCACUGAAAAGUGGACCAAUAAGGUGUAUUUGACAAUGUUUAUUGCACUACAACCACUAGAUCAUAUCUUUUACUUUAUAGCUAGCUGCAGGCUUUAAAUGCUUGAAAUUUCAAAGACAAAUUAAAUUUAGAAGAAUGGAGAAAUCUAUUCUGAUGAUUUUUAAAGAAUUAUGUGACCUUCCACUCCAAAAUGAGCCAUGUUGCACCUUGUGUCGGCAUGAGAUAAUACUUAAAAAACACUCGUAACCUACUAUUUUUUUUUUCCUAAAGUCGCUACACUGUCUCUACAGUGUUUUAAUGCAAUCGUUGUACUGCGUAUAGUCCCCGGCGCAAUCAGCACUCCCAUAUUUGACCGACCAUUCACCAAAAGCUGUCGGCAAUAGCAUGUAGCGGUUGUAUGGAAACCAAGAUUUACUGUAUAUUGAUUUACUGUAUAUUGACUUACUGUACAUUGUAAGUAAAAACACAAUUUUAAAGCUUUUGAAUGUUAGACCCACAAUACUAUUAAGUGGCUUAUCCUCUAAAUCUAUUUUCUCUCUCUGAUGUUCCAUAUCUCCAUUAAAGGACUCAACAAUUAUUGUAAGCAAUUUCUCAUAUGGAGGGCAUGAGUAUAGUUCAGCCAGCUACUGGUGGUAGCCACUCUCUGCACUGAACUGUGGAGGUCCAUGGUUCACUUGCAUUGCUGUUCUCCUUGUGUAUUAGAUGUAGAGUUAAAAUGCAAAUUCCAAUAUGCACAAAGUCUUUCGGAAAGGAACGUUUAAAACCUUGCCCUUGUGUGCAAUAUGGCUCACUCUUUGGGGAAAGUAGUAGGAUUGUCUCAUAGUGUACUGCCAAAUUCACCACCAGAAGGACCCCAUUGGAAACAAGUCUUCAGUUUUGCUGGUGCACAGUGAAACAAGACUCAUUUUUUAGUUGGAGGUCACGAAUGCGUUGACAGUCAAACCUAAGGUCAGCAUUCAGGUUGUUCAAUUGACCCAUAAGCAGGGUAUGAUCCAUAGAAAAAUCAGAGUAGGAGCCAUGCGAUGUGCGAACCACCGAGCUGGGUGGUGUUGGAGAUUUUUGUUUAGAAAUGCUUGGAGUAGCAUGCUCCCCACUUACUCUUUUCUUUUCUAUGUUUUUUCUUAGUUUUUUUUUUGGGGGGGGGGGGGGAAGGGGGGNNNGUGGCCCACUAGCACCAGGUAUCAGGUAUUCUUAUAAUUUUCCUAUUAUUCAUUACUCUAAACCCCCCUACCUCUGUUAAUGCUGGGCGCACAAUGUGUCAUAGCACUAUCGGGUGAUGAAUCCAUCUCCUCUCUGAGAGUGUUUGGCUACGCUCUCUGCUGAUUAUUAGUGAAAGUCGACAAUGUCCGUUGCACAGACCUCAUCGCAUUAUGGUCUACAUUGAAUUGCGUUGACGCAUUGCAUGCCUGGCGUAAGGUAGACCAAAUAAUAGGACUGUGUUGUUGAAAGUGCAUCCUGGAUCGUAACAUAUAUUCCUUAAGACUUGUCACUUGUUUCUUCCAAGAGCCAGAGCUCCAGGUAGUCACCUAGUUUUAAGCAUUCCAACAAUAUUGAAGAUGAGGGAUAUGGUUUGCUCAACUCAAAUAGAGGUUCAGCAUAUCAACCCUCACUUUCAAUCAGAGAAGUUUAAAGUUAAAUAUUUUUAUUCAUUUUUGAAAUUUAAAAAAUUUAAAAAUGAUUGAAGCACUGCUCUAUAACUUGAGCCUCAUUAUGAACCUUAGGUAGUAAUUUGUUAUAAGAAUAAAAUCCUGGUCAGUAAUCAAUAAUAUGUACGUACACAUUGACAGUGAGCCCCACCGAGCCAUGAACGAAGCAGGAGUAAUUAAAUUAGUGAAAGUUGUAAUUAUAUUGCAUUGAUCAAUUCUUGGUGUCGUUUUUAUUUUUCCAGAAGGACAUUUGUCAGAUUUAGUUGUCUUGUUUAUUUGUCGUCAGUUCAUUAUAAGUAUUGUAUUAUUUUCACUGUUCAGUAUAUUUAUAUUGGCAUCAAUCCCAACUACGUUUCUUUAAGUGUCAUUUCAUUAAGAGCACAGACAUUGGUGAUGCCAGCGGCAAGGGAAGGGAAACUUAAAAUCCCUCAUUGGACAGACCAUAAUUGGCAAUGACUUUUAGGACUAGAAAUGAAAUGCAAAAAAAAAAACUUCGUUUCUUUCUUAUAUUUUAAUUCUUUGGCCAUACCACUUUCUAUAAUGACCAACAUUGUCUAGUUUGUCUAGGUACCAGGAGCUUAGCAUGACCCCACUGGCAUGUCAGACCCUCCGUUGGCGAUAUCCUGGCACCACAACUGAACACAGCACUUUGGAAUCUUAGCUUAUUUUGAAAAUGUGAAUUUAUGUUUAUUCUUGUAGUUUAAAUUGUCAAACAGAAUAGUUCUGUAGAAUGUAACAAUGCAUUAGAAUAGUGUUGCUUAGUGGAAUCGGAUGAACUAAAAAAAUAAUGAAUACUAGAUAAAACAUUACUUUGAAAACCCUUGGUGUCCAGUCCUUCUGGCUCUCGACCCAAACAAAUGCCCUGCAGGCAGUUUGCCAUUUCUCAGGAUGUUUAAAAAAAGAAACUCAAAUUCUGUUAUAAACUGUUGCAAAACAAAAUUGAAGUAAAAAUUUUAAAAUGAUACUUAAAGAUGUAUUGUCCCAUGCAAACUAACCAAAUACUCAUAAAAUGAAGUAACAUAAAAAUUAUCAAUUUAAUUCAUUGCAAAGUGAGCAAGUUUGUUGCAAAGUGAGCAAUUUUGUUUCAAAAUAAGUUUUUGUCAUUUUCAGGGGAUAAUACAUCUUUAAAAUUUAAUCUCUUUGCAACUGAAAAUUUCAGCAAAGAUAUAAAUUUCAAUUUUUGUGUGGCGACUCAUUGUUUAAGAACAAUUGGUUUAAUACCACACCAUACUAUAGAUAGGAUUCGAAGUUCGUUCUCUUCUAGAGAGAAUUUCCCCAAUCAAUAGUAUGCACGGUGAUACGGAGGAAUAAAUAUAUCUACGUAUAUAACACAAAAACCCAAAAAAUUACAAUACUACAGUUAGCUUAGCAGGUUAAUUAGCGUACUUGUGGAAUGUGACGACAUUAUAGCCUAAUCGAUUAAAAUAUACCUGGAAAAUUAAUUAAGGCUGUUCAUUUUAUAUUAAAAACUCAACAAUACUUGACAAAACAAUUAAUGGUUCUAAAUUGUUUUUAAGAGGUAAUAAGUAAAAUUGCAAUAAUAACUGGACUGGUGCUGUUUGUCUUGCACAAAAUCCAAAUACUGUACUCUAACACAGGCCAAUGAUUUAGGAAUACCUUAGGGGAGGAUCCAAAAUAGUUUGUGCCAAGUAGGGGGAGGGAGAUAGGGCAGAAAAUCAAGGAACGUGGGACGGUCUGGGUUGAGAGCACUGUCCCCUUCCUUGUGAUGCUGGGAUUCAGGGGAAUAUGGUUAUGCUCCUAUGGGAUUAUUUUGUUGCUACUUCAACCACCCCUGGGUCUGCCAAAGUGUGUCUGACUCCGUCUGUUAGGAAGAGAAUUCAUAUCGAACCAUAGAAUUGUUUCUACUGUUACACACAUUUUUAGGCCAAUUAUGUAAUAAUGUCAUUCCGCCCGUGUGCUCAUUAUAUCAACUGUUGCUAUGAAAUAAUUUGUUUUUUUCACUGCCAAUAUCGCAUUUGUUGUGAAUUUCCCACAUGAAAUACAAACCAGUAAAAACCCAGGAUACAGCCUUACAGUGCUAUUUAAGAGCCUAUUUUAUAAUGAAUGUAUUUCUCAAUUCAAUUUUCUUCUACAUUUUACAACUGAGUAAAUAUGUUAAUUGGCAAUCAUGAAAUAAUGUUUAUGUAAUAAAAUGUCAUCUACAGGUAG